UUGAAUUCUUCAACCGCGCGUUUCUACUCGUUAUAUUUUCAAUUUUUCUUCUAAAAUAAUUCUCCAAGUUAUACGAUGUAAUUUACAAUGCUACACAAAUACGUUUUAUUAAUUUUUUAUGUUUUGUGUGUAUUCGUGAAUUUUUCUUUUUCAAAUGUAACCGAAUAUGAUGAUUUGGAUCCGAAGACGCAAUUUGUGAUUUGCUCCGAACUGGCGAAAGUGGAGUCUCUGAACCGAUCUACCUGUAUUCAAAAACCUAUCGCUGUUGAAGGCACAACGACGACAAAAAAAUACAGCACAUUCCAAACGUUACUAUGCAGAGAUAACGAUAGUUUAGCGUUUCAGUUAGGAGGUGAAACUGUAGAAAAAUUUACGUUCGUUUCUGAAAUCGCCAAUUUCAAUGAUUCUAAAUGGCGGUUUGCCCAAAAUGGAACUAUGAAACAAUCGAAAAGAUUUUUAAUUAAAAAUCUUAAAAGCGCUACUCGUUAUCAUGUUAGAACUUGGUUAAUAACCGAUACUGGUAAAGUUCUUCAACCUCACAUUUGCAUUUCUUGCCGGACAAGUUCCAAUGACGACGUUCCUAUGCCCGUUGAAAAGAUUAAAUUAGAUAAAUUUGUUGCUAGUCAUAAAGGUGUCGAUGCAUUGGUCGAGUUUGAACCUGCCCAAGAUUUAUCUUGUUACUAUUCUUACGUUUACCUUAAAGAUUUAAAUGUUGAAGAAGGAAGAAUUGAAGAUAUAAAUUCGUUAUUUCGAUUUACAAUUCCUCAAUUAGAUUAUAGUCAAAAUUAUACGAUUCGAAUAAAAGCGACGUCUAAAGAUAUUUCUAAAGAAAGCGAAAGUUUACCUAUCACUUUCGAAACACCGAGUUGUUUACAUUUACAUAAAAAUUUAUCAAUAUGCCCACCUGAUCCCCCAACAAACAUAAAAGUCGACGAAAUUUAUAUUAACAGAGUCGAAAAUUAUUCACUUUUCAAUUUAAAUAUAUCUUGGGCCAAACCUAGUCUUUUACCAGAUCAUUAUGAAGUUUCUUUUGAUGGGUUAAACGAAUCUAAAAUGACUUUAAAUAUAAGUGGGAAUGAAACGUCAGUUUUAUUACAAAACGUCCACAUUAAUUAUUUUUACCACGUUUUUAUAACUGCUUGGUCACAAAAAGGAAGCAGUAAAGUAGCUAGCUUUAGUGGUGAAAUCAAACAAGCACAUCACAAAUUAACAGGAACAAGUUACUAUUUAAUCAUCGUUUUUGUUAUCUUAAGCGUAACGAUUGCUGUUUGUACAACAAUAGCUGCAAAAAUGUUUUGGAUGCGAUAUAAGCAAAGAAGAGAUUUAGCACUACAAAGACCACAAUAUUUUAAGCAUUUAAAAAUAACUACAAAAAAUCCAUCUUACGUAAGUGAAACGAUUUGUAAUUUUGAAAUGCAAGGCUAUUUGGGUGACGAAUGGGAGGUGAACCCGAAAGAUAUUACUUUGGAAGCGGUUGUUGGUCAAGGUGCUUUCGGUAUUGUUCGUUAUGGUUGGUUGAAAAAGGACGAGCAACAAUUUGAGGUAGCCGUGAAGAUGUUGAAAAAUGCCCCAACAUUUGAUGAACUGCGUCAAUUCCAACAAGAAUUAGAAAUAAUGAAAACCGUCGGAAAUCAUCCCCAUUUAGUUUCUUUAAUUGGAUUUAGUCUCAAAGAAUCUCACGGUCCGUUAUUAGUUGUUGAGUAUUGUUCAAAAGGUGAUCUUCAAAGUUACUUGAAAUCGAUUUGGAAUAAAAUCAUAAAUCUUUCUUCGGAUUAUUUAAAUCAAGAUAUGGCCGUUUCAAAUCGAAUUUACGAUUUCGAUCGGUUAAAAAUGGAAAACGAGGUUAUCCAACCAAAAGAACUUUUAUCGUUUGCCAGACAGAUUGCUAUUGGAAUGGAAUAUUUGGCUAAUUUAAAAAUUUUGCAUAGAGAUUUAGCAGCUCGUAAUGUUUUAGUGUGUGACGAUAAAACUGUGAAAAUAUCGGAUUUUGGAUUAAGUAGAGAUGUUUAUGUAGACAAUGUUUAUCGGAAAACCGCGGGUGGAAAACUUCCAAUCCGAUGGAUGGCUUUGGAAUGUUUAACACAUCAACAAUACACCACACAAAGUGAUGUUUGGUCUUUUGGUAUUUUACUAUGGGAAAUUAUAAAUUUAGGUGGAAAUCCUUAUCCUGGAGUACAAACUGAACAUCUUUUAAAAUUAUUAAAAUCUGGAUAUCGAAUGGAAUGUCCUAGCAAUUGUGGAAAUGAAAUAUAUGAUAUAAUGAGUUCUUGUUGGAGAAUGAGCCCAAAAGAUCGACCUACUUUUACGGAAAUAAGACAUUCAAUUGAAGCACUAAUGGAGGAUGAAAUGGAAUACUUACACAUAGAUUUAAAUACAUGUAUAGAUAUAAAUAACACGCAUUCGAGUAAUGCCAAAGACUUUACAAUACCGAAACUCGUCGAUAGAUACGUUAAACCACGGUGGAACAUUCACAAAUAACGAAUAAAAUAUGAAGUAUUUAUUAAUUUUUUUCUUUGCUGUUUUUAUUUUAAGUUACAAUAAACGUUUUUUUAAAAUA